AUGGGUUUCAUUGGCAAUGCCAUCUACUACAGAAAGUUUGGCACAACCCCCCCUCAUGAGCGUAAUCCCGCCAAUGAGACUCAAUCUGAGAAGGAUUGUUUCAAGUUCCUUGACUUGACUAGCCGAAGCUUCAGUGCUGUCAUUCAGGAACUCCAUUCCGAGCUGCUCAUGCCCGUCUGCGUCUUCUACCUUGUCCUUCGCGGUUUGGAUACCAUCGAGGAUGAUACCUCGAUUCCUCUCGAGACGAAGGAGCCCCUGCUCCGUGGCUUCCAAGAUUUCUUGACUCAGGAGGGAUGGAACUUCACUGGCAACCGCAAGGAGGAGAAGGACCGUGAGCUGCUGGUUCAGUUCCCGUGUGUCAUCACCGAGUUCAUGAAGAUGAAGCCCGCCUACCAGGCAAUCAUCAAGGACAUCACGGCCAAGAUGGGUAACGGUAUGGCCGACUACUGCCGAAAGGCUGAGCUGUCGGACGCCAGCGUCAAGACGGUCGAGGAAUAUGAUGAGUACUGCUACUACGUUGCCGGCCUGGUCGGUGAGGGUCUCACCCGCCUGUUCGUCGAGGCCGAGUUGGCCAACCCGGCUCUCCUCGAACGCCCCCAUUUGCAAAAGUCGAUGGGUCUCUUCCUGCAGAAGACCAACAUCAUCCGAGACAUCCGAGAGGACAACGAUGAUAAACGUCGCUUCUGGCCCCAGGAGAUCUGGUCCAAGCAUGUGGACAAUUUUGAAGACCUCUUCAAGCCGGAGUUCAAGGAGGCUGCUCUGAACUGCAACUCUGAUAUGGUCCUCAAUGCCUUGGAGCACGCUGACGAGUGUCUCUUCUACCUCGCUGGCCUGCGGGAGCAGAGUGUAUUUAACUUCUGUGCCAUCCCCCAGUCCAUGGCUAUCGCUACGCUGGAGCUGUGCUUCCGCAACUACGAUAUUUUCGAGCGCAACAUCAAGAUCACCAAGGGCGAUGCCUGCUCUUUGAUGUUCGCCUCUACCCAGAACCUUCGCGUCCUGUGUGAUCGCUUCCGUGACCUGACCCGGAAGAUCCACAAGAAGAACACUCCCAAGGAUCCCAACUUCCUCAAGAUCAGCAUGGUCUGCGGUAAGAUCGAGAAGUUCAUUGAAACUAUCUUCCCUUCGCAGAAUGCCGAGGAUGCCAACCGUCGGGUCCAGGGUGUUCUCUCCGAGGAGCAACAGAAGAAGCGGGAAGAAGAUGCUGAGAACAAGAAUGACGUUUACUUCAUGAUGGCACUCAUGGGCUGCAUCGUCCUUUUCGUCGCUGGCACUAUGAUGUUCUUUGCCUGGAUGAUGGGCGCCCGCUUCGAUCUUGCGUUCCAGGAGCUCCUGAGUGGUAACUUCCGGCCCUCGGCGCCAUCCGCAUCCGCCAUUCAUGAGGAUCUUUAA